AUGAGAAAAGCUUAUGAAUAAGAUUAUAUUAAUAAUUAAAAUGCUGGAUUAUUAUAAUAGGAUGAUGAUGAUUAGAAUGAUGGAUAAACAAAGACUAUUAAUUAUAUUAGACCAAGACCAUUUCCACAUGAAAAUAAUAGGGAAUGUAAAUUAGAUGUUGUAUGUCAUGAAAAUGAAUGCAGAAUAUUAUAAAAAUUAUGUUGUUAAGAAUGUGCACAUUUUGUUCAUCCAAAUCAUAAAACAGAUAGUUUAGAUUGGUAUAUUAAUCAUAUAAGAGAAAAGAUUAAACGUAGACAUGGAGUACAAUAAACUACAACUCAUGAAAUUUCAGUAUUAAAAAGUGAAUAAAGAAAAAAGAGAAUGAAAUAUUUGAAAUAUAUAAUCAAAUAAUUAAAAAAGGUUGAAAAAGAAUGUAGAUCUAUAGAAGAUACAACUGAAUAAAAAAUUAAAAUUAAAUUAAGUUCAACAUCAAGAAAGGAAGCAUUUGAUAAAAUGAUAAGAUUACUUAAACUAGUGAGACAUUAAAAUUUAGAUUAAUUUAAAUAACAUCAUUAAGAAUUUUUGGUUAAGGAUGAAAUAGAUUAAUAAAUGGCAAUGUAAUAUAAUGAAGAAAGAGAAAGAAAAGAAUUAUAAAGAUAAAUAAGUGAAAUUGUGGAUUAAUUCUUUUUAGCUGAUGAAAGAGAAAGAUAAAAAUUAUAACAUAAUUAAUCAUUAUAAACUUAAUAAUAAGAUGAAAUAAAAGCAUUAAGAUUAACAGGUGGUUUAUGGGAAAGAAAUAUGAAUAAAUUAGCUGGUGCUUUAAAACGUUUUUCUAAACGUAUGUUAUCUCAUAGUAAAAUGAGUAUUAGACCUAAUUCUUCAACUCAUAAUAUUGUCUUAGUAGAAGUUGAUUUAGCAACAAAUGAAGAUGAUCCAACAUCAACUCCUAAAAUUUUAUAAAUUUUACCAUUAAAUUCAGAAAACUUAAUUACUGUACAUCCUAAUGAAAUUAAAUUAUGGAAAUAUAGUAAAUGUUAUUUAGAAUUUAAACCAAUUGCUCCAUUACCAUUUUUAAAUUUAAAAUAUGUUUGUGUAGCAGAUAAGAAAGAUGAAUUUGUUGUAUUAUUUGGUGAUAAUUCUAUUAUGUCUAUUUCUAGUAAAAGUAUGAAUUCUAAAAAUAAACAAUUUACAUGUCCUAAAUAAGGUAUGACACUCUAUAGAAUAUUAAUAAGUCCAUGUUAAAAUUUUCUAAUUGCAUCAGGAGGAUGUAAAUAGAAUUGUUUUUAUGUAAUUAUUUGGCAUUUUAAUGAUGCAAAGAUUAGAAAAGUCUUAAGAUAUUAAUAUUCUUUUCCAAAUGAAGGUGAUUUAUUGAUGAGUGAAACUAAUCAACAUAUAUUUAGAUGUAAUAAAAAUAAAAUUGAUGUUUUUGGAUUAAUAGAUGGAGUCAAAAAGUAGACUUUAUAAUUAUAAAAUGUAAGAGAUUGUAUAGAAUAAGCAACAAUUCUACAUAACUUUUAAGAAUAAGAUACUUUAUGUGUUAGUACUAAUAGAGGAUUUUAUGUAUAUACUUAUGAUGAUAAUGUUGUAGAGAAUAAUUAUAAAUUAGUUUACAGUUUUUCUUAAACUUGUCAUUGUAUUUUUCAUGUAUUUUAUUAAUAUGGUUUGGAAGAAGAAGGAUUUAUGCUUGCUGCUUUGGAAAAUAAUGAAACAAAAGUUAAAUUUUAAGAUUUAAAUAAUAAGAUACUUUUAUCAGGAAUUCAAUUUGAUGAUUAAAUAUUAACAGGCAGAUUAAUAUUUUAAAGAGAAUUUUAAAAUCAAUAAUUGGUAUUGUUAUUAGGAUUUGAAAGUGGAAAAAUGAGGGUUUUAAAAUUUAUUAAGAAAUGA